AUGCCUCCACCACACAUUCUGCUGGAUACAGAUAUUGGCACCUAUCAGUACUACGAUAAAGGAGAGCCAGCAAAUCCUCGGGAGCAUCACUACUACAAUGAGAAACUCAAUUUCUGUGAUGCUCGAGGCUUCUCAUGGACCCCCAAGAACCGCAGACCAGAGAAGCUUCGUGAUUCGCUGAAGGAGUUUGAGGAGCUGUUGCAGACCAACACCUGCGUUCAGACCAGAUGGAGGAGCAAACAUUGCUGCCAGGUGAUGAUGAGCAGUGGAGUCCUGGUGACCAUGACCCUUAAUGGACCUCAACUUGAACAAGUGUUUAUAGACCGAACAUUAGUGGGCCGAUUACCAGCCAACACUGUGACUGAUACGGUGCUGAGCGACAGGCUGAUUCUGCUGUCCUUCCUGGAGCAGAGCCAAGUGGCUGCAGUCUACCUCAACCAAAAGAACCAGGACACACCAGAGACUGGCAGGCGAACAGACAAACUUUCAGCCUCUGAAAUCAAGGUAGUCUGUGUAGAUGUGAGUGGACAGGGUCGAAGGCUUCACAGACGUGUCGGUCUCAACCGUCUCCAGGAUGUGGCACUGGUGUGGUGGAACCUGGACAAGCGCGACGAGGAGCUGUGGUCCUGGACUCCCUCAAACACACCCAGGAACAACGUGGUCCUGCUCAGCUGCUCACCUACUGAAGGCCUCAAGGUUCUCAGCUCUGUCCGGACAGAAGGAAAUCUCCUGGACUGUCGAUUUAGCCUUCUUCAGCCCUACCAGCUGCUAACAGUGGAGAUACCUCCACGACCCCAAGAAGCCAGAGAGGGGUUUUGGGCCCAUACUUGUGUGUAUGAAUGUGCACGAGAGCGCCUGCACCGUCUGUCCGUCAUCCGCAUCCCGCUACCAUCCCAUCCUGUCUCUUGCUCCCGUCACCCCUCUGAGGUCACACUUCUACUUGGUUUAAGGGACUCCUCCUUGGUCCUGUACGACCAGCGACGGGGGGUCUCUUUCUUGGCCCCCUGCCCUCUGCCACCCACCCUCCUGGCUUGGCACCCUGCUGGGGCUGUGGCCAUGGUAGGGGGAGGGCAGGGGGAGUUGAUGUGCUUUGAUCUUGGCUUGGCACCUUUAGGCAUGGCACUGUUAGCAGAGGAGGUAGCUUCAGCUGCUACUUUAAGACUAGCUCAGCACCUGCGCUGCUGUGGAGGCCUGGAAGGACUCUGGUGGGGGGCUGGCCUGGAAGGAGCCCCAGAGGGAACCGAUAUCCUGAUGUUUGCUCUUCAUGGAGGACCACUGGCAGCCCUGAGAUUCAGACUAG